AAACCAUUGUCGUUGUCUCAGCAAUGGCUGCCCCGAACCCAAACAACAAUAUUACCCAGUGGCUUGCACCCAACGACGGUGGACGCUGGAUUCUUAGGACUUACGCUAUGAGAGAUUACAAUCUUGCUGCCCGCGACCUGGACUCCAUUCUUCCCAGAGAGAUCAACCCGAAUCCUUAUGGCGGCCCGUAUACUGAACUUAUGUACAACGAGAACGACGUCGCGCAGUUGGCUGGAAACCUCAAUGCCGUCCUCUUUACGGAUACGAGCGCGAAUUCACCCUUGGCAGCGCGUUCUGGGCAGGAGAUCUCGAGAUUCGAGGCUAUGAAUGUUUACAGACUCACAAGCUGCCAGCUGAACCGCAUCAUGCCCAUUCGGAUCGAGGUGAACCCAAAUCCCAACAGUCAUGUUGGGUUCAUCCAGUACUAUAACGAAAGUGACGUCUCGACGCUCUACAACACCAUCGAGCAUGCCGCUGCCAACCCAACAUCCCCCGGGCCACCCAUUCCCUACAACCCGCCGGCCCCUCCCGAUUUCCAAGGGAGCAUUUGAGUGACAUCUCGCAAAUAUGCCCAUUUUUUUCUCUCUACUUGAUGAUUCACUCUACUCGUUAUGUUGUUGUAUAUGUUCCAUAUAUUUCUCCUAUCUCUCCAU